AUGCUGGAAGAAUUGGUUGAGUUUCCCUGCAUGUUGAAAUGGAGAGGGGCCUGUAAUGCACAUGCAAUCUGGAGAGUCACUACUCAUGACAGGGGUUGGGAAGGUGAUGUUGCUGUUUUCGUCGUUGAGGAGGUGAAGAAGAACAAUCAUAGCAAUUUGGUGGUGGUCGUCUAUUGGCUUGUAUCUCAUCACGACCUGGACAGUGGUUGUGCUGAUGGGUAUGUGACUUUAUUUGCCAAUGAUGGGAAAACAUUGGACAGUGAGUUGGAGGCUGUUGAGGGAAUGAAGCUAGACAGGGGUUACAUAUCCCCUUAUUUCAUCACCAACCAGAACAAUAAGAAAUGUAGGGCAGUUAGCAGCACCUCAAGUCCCUUUUUGCUUGAUGCUGAUUAUCUUCAAACUUGUGUAUGUGCUGAUAGGAAUCGGAAAAUCCUCUAA